AUUUGCCCUCCAACAUCCUCGGGAUCGCAAACCAGCUCCGACACAGACACUGGGGAUCCCGUUACUCGAAGUAUUGAGGCUUCUCAAUACUCCUCUGGUGGUAUUUCUGAGAGUGCUAGUGUCCACGGGGGUGCUACCGGUCGGCCAAAUGUUCUAACACGCAUCAACAAUUCCACAAUUCGCCUGAAUCCUGGUCUGUAUGCAGGUCGCUAUGCCACUGCUUCCUGCAUUAAGAAACAAGCCGGCGACAAUAUGGACACUUUUGGCGUCAAUGGCGAUUUCAGGGACACCUCUGUCUAUGGUGUUGCCAACGGUAGCUGCUCUGUCAGUGGAUAUUCGGGUUCUUAUUCGACCUCCAAUUCCUCCUAUCGCCAGCAGCCAUUACUCCAGAACACAGUAAGUUAA